GUAAGGUCAAGGUUAAGAAUGAUGGAAGCCUUCAAGAAGGACGGUGUGGUGCCCGAUGUAAUUGACGCCGCGCCUCAAAAACAGCUUCGAGUAUGUGUCUGAACUGAACAGAAAUCUUCUAAGUGAUUUCUUAUGGAACAAAAAUAGUUGAGCCUGGGAUGGUUUUGACACCAACUGAUGUUAAGGAUUUGCCAGUUAUUACAUUUGACGCAGAGCCGGAUGCAUUCUACACUCUCAUCAUGAAUGAUCCUGAUGCUCCAAGUAGGGCUGACCCCAAGUUUGGGGAAUGGCAUCACUGGCUGGUAGUCAACAUCCCUGGUGGGAGACUGUCUGAUGGAGAGACGAUAGCCGAGUAUGUCGGAGCUGGUCCUCCCCCCGGAACAGGCCUUCACAGAUACGUGUUCCUGGCUUAUAAACAGCCAAAUGGGAAAAAGGAUUUCGGCCUCAAAAAGUUGACUAACAGAAGUCAAGAUGGUCGGGCAAAGCAUUCAAUCCGUGACUUUCUGAAGAAGGCUCAAUUGUCUGAACUUGUGGCAGGAAACCUCUUCCUGGCUGAAUACGAUGAUUAUGUUCCUGAACUUUACAAGCAGCUCAGUGGAUGAAGAGCAAAGUCAGUCCAUGAAGAUUUCCACUUAAAUUUCAAUGUGUAACAUUAGUUGCAGAGAAUAAGCUCAAGCUUAUUGUUCAUGUUUGGCACAGACCUUGAAGAGGCCUGGGCCUAGAUUUUUUAAGCUCUCUUGGCUAAGAUAGUCGUAAGUUAAUGUCAAUGUAUGGCACUUACGACUAUCUUAGCGCUAAGAGAGCUUCAAAAAUCUAGGCCCUGGAUAUUAUAUGUUUGACUUGAAAAGGCCUUACAAUCAAGUCUAUUUUGCAGUUUCGUUUUUGAAAAUAUUUAUUCUGCUGCUCUUCUAAGAAUGUUAGUGUUUAACUUAAGAUAGAGUUACCUCCCAUUCACACUCGAGGUAGACUGGUUUGUCUGUCCUCCACACCACAAUUCACCUGCUAGAGGUGAUGGACAGGGAUUUACUCAGUGUGUAAAAACAAAGCAUUUUCCCUUCAAUUUCUUACUUUGAUAAUAUGUUUGGUUUUUUUUGUUUUUUUUGUAUUGAUCAAUCUUAGUGCCAGAAAAAAAACCUGAAUACUAUGAAUUUCCAUUUAUUGGUUAUAUGUUUGUUUAUGUGACGGAGGUGAUUACUACUAAGUAUCCAUGCACCUGCUGGGAAAUCCAUGGCUGACCAUCUUAUUCAGAGCACCUUGUAUGCUUAUUACCAGUAUACAGAUACUUCCAGUAUUUAUAGUACAGUAUUCAUGUUGUACAGUAUUUAUAGUACAGUAUUCAUGUUGUACAGUAUUACCAAGAACCAAAGCUUCCAGUCAAUGUAACUAUGUAAUAAAUGUUAUUUUUCACUCUAAACUA